CAAUACCCUUAAUGAAUUUUAUAUAUAAUUAAAAACGAAUUUUAUUUUAAUCAUAUGAAAUUUAUAUGUUAUAUUAAUAUUAAAUAAUGAUUCUAAGGGUAUUGUAAAACCUGCAUAGUAAAAUACUAGAACCUGCAUAGUAAAAUACCUGGCCAAAACUUAACCGCUUCAUUAUUUUCCCCGAUUUUCAAAAUAUUGCCAUAAAUAUUUAAAAGUCUGCUCCGUUGAAAUCAGAGUAAAUACGGUAUAUAGAAAAAAUGAAACAAAUUAGAAUUAGGGCUAAUUUAUGUCAAGAAGGAAAACUUGUUGAGCAAGUCCGUUCAUAUGUAUUAGUAUUAAUGUGAGCAAUUAGGGUUUCAUUUCUUUACUAAAACUAUUCAUGUCUCUGAUUCUCAACCAGCCCCCGAAGCUAUGCUUGCGGAAACCAGUGUUGGUAAGAUGCUCUCCUCUUCACCACUCUAAUGGUUACUCAUCUGCUUCAUUGCCGCAAUCACAAACACUUCCUUUAACCAUCUUCUGCGCAGAUCCUUGUAGACCACAUCUCGUAAGAGCCGUGGUCAGGAGGGAUGGUGACAUGCAUGCUCUUGAUUACGAUAUGCCUCGUGAUUUUAUGGAGGUAACGAAAAUGAUAGGAACAUCCAAUGGAUGGAUAACGUCUUUGGUGGACGGCAUUGUGCGAAUCCGGGAAUACCCGGAGAAGAAUCCUAAACAGGUGAGAAUCAUUUUUUUACCUCCUCAUGUAACUCUGCCUCUAUGCCAAGCCCAAAUGGCCACCAACGUGGCAAUGUCCUCAUCUUCUCCGGAGAAGGAGGAGUGUGCUGUGGCUGUCAAGUUCUCGGGACCUCAACUAAGCAUUUGUAAACCGGCUCAAAGCAACGCCGAGUGGAUCAACAUUAAUUAGAAUCUCAAACCCUUGUUUCUUUUCCUCCCCUGUCAUGUAUUCGGAGAAAGAGGACAUGUUUCGCAUUAUCGGAUCUGGAGGCCACCUUGUUGGAUCAUGGGAUCUCGGCAAACACAAGUGCACACCAAAGAUUCAGAGACUUCAAUUUCAAAACCUUCCGGAGCUGAGCAAGGCCAAGCGGGAGCUUCUGUACUCGAGCAACACAAGCGAACACUUGGUGGAGUCAAGAACCACCGGUGAAACUUUCAUGGUUAAGUGGUACAAAAGGACGGCCAAGACCAUCUACUGCAUAGAGAGAAUGGAAACACAAGCUUUAAUGGUGUUCAAGAUAGACGAACAAGGUAACGCUGUUUACACUCAAGAUAUUGGAGAUCUCUGCAUUUUCCUCACAAGGUCUGAAUCUUUCUGUGUCCCUGCUUGCUCUGUUCGCCACAUGCGUCCUAAUCAUGUCAGACUCAUGGAUGUCGACGAAAUCACUAUUAUCGAUCUGGCUGCUCAAAAGUGGAACUGAUAAGAACAUUAGUUUGGACUUGUGUUUUUUUUUUCUUGAGGCUAGAGUCUUGUCUUUUUCUUUAAAACCUUUCAAAUAUCCAAUCUAUUUUUUUUUUCAUAUUUAUUAUCUGUGAGAUCGUUACGCAUAUGCUCCUCCUGGACAAACCUUCCUAUCAUCUAUCACUAAAAUAGCAAUUUGGUUAUGCUUAAGCUAUAUUUAGUGUGUUCUUUGUGUUGUGACUUUAUAUAAUGGAAAGGUAUUUAUGCAUUGAGGUGACAUUCCUUCUUGUCACUCACCAAGGCUCCUGAUCCAACACCCCAUGUGCGUUUGUCCCUUUUGUCUUAUUGACACGUCGACACUACUACUCACGACUCCCUUGUUCUUCAAGUAGUCUCUUUAUUGGGCUCUACUCUUUCUCAAGCAGGCUUUCACUUCAACUGACGGCCUCCUUUCAGUCCCUUUCUCUGGUACUGAUAGAGGAUUUGAGGACGGAGCUCCUCGUGCGUAACACCAUCCCUUGAGAUUACGGUUUAGGUAUAUCA